AUGGACGCCAACGUUACAGAGAUCAGGAAACUUGAAAACAAGUUUUCAAGAUUGGAAAUCCAUCAUGUCGUCCGCGACAACAAUGUGGCAGCAGACGUCCUUUCAAAACUCGGCUCCGACCGAGCAGAAGUCCCUCCAGGAAUCUUCGUCCAUGAGCUUCAUCACCCUCAAUCAAUACUUCCACCAAUGGAAGUCGACUCAAUUCCUCAAGAAACUAGUCGAGAGGUGAUGAUGAUUGAAGACAACUGGCGCACUACGUUUAUCGACUACAUCAAGGACAAAGUAUUCCCACCGGGAAUCAAAAAAGAUGACGCAGAAGCAGUACGCAUCAUGCGUCGCAGCAAGAAUUACAUCCUUGUUGACAACAAACUCUACAAACGAGGCGCAUGA